GGCAACCCGGGAAGCAACAAUGACGUCAUUUCCGGGUUGAAGAAACAACAGAAGGCAAAAUGGAAGGAAACAGUGUUGAUGAGUUGGAUGCUCGGCUCCAGGCGCUGGAGAAGCGUGUGUACGGUGACUGUGGACCGAGCAGUAAACCAGUUAAGUGUGUUGAAUCUUUGGCAAGGAUAAACUCUGCUCUAGCAAACACAGCAAACAAGAGAGAACGAGUGAAGAUUCUUCACAAGAAAAUUGAAGAUCUACUGAAGUAUAUAGAUCCACAAUUCACAGACUACAUUGCAGUGCCAGAUGCAAUGAAACUGGAGAUUAUUUUAGCAGAGGAGGACUUCCUGCGCUCCCAGGCUGCCUUGCUGGAGCAAAUGAACAGCCUACAGCCUCUACUGGAUAGUCCACAUAUUAAAGCUGUUCCAGAGCUUUCUACCAAAGUCCAACGACUUUCUCAAAUUCACAUCAGCCAGCAGGACCAAAGUGAAGAUCUGUCUGCAGAUGUGAAAAGGCUGUUUGAAGAAUACAACAAAAUGAUGUUUCUGUUGUCUAAACAAUUUACCCAGUGGGAUGAAAACCUGAAGAAGCUGGAAGCACCCAAACAAGUCCAGAUAACGGAUUAGUGAAAUAAUACUUCAUUUCUGAACAUAAAUUAAUCAUCUUUUUUUUUUUCUUCCAUGUUUUGUUGUAAAUAUGUUUCCUACAAGCUUAUGGUGACUUUGCCACUGUUCCAUAUAGUUUUCAAAAAUAAAUGGCACUCAGAACAUUUAGUCAGUGAUUUACUCUUCAUUAUUAGCUUAAGUAACAAAGAAUAAAUAUUAUACCCUUG